GUCUCGACUUCCGCAAUUGAUAACUCUACAUCUCCAAAAUGUCUCAAUUCCGAGCAAAGAUGCUCGAUAUUGGAUGUUUCGCGAAUAUUCGGAACAUACGCGACCACACAAAGCGGAAAGUAUUCGCUGCGAACGAACCGCAAAGACAAGCCCUUCGAUACAUCAUCCGCAAUACCACACUCCCGCAGCGUGUCCGGGCCCAAGCACAGCUACAAUUGUCUCAAAUGCAUUGUUACACGAGAUUCACACAGGUUAAGAACCGGUGUAUAAUGGGUGGAAAGGGUAGGGGUGUCUUCAGCGACUUCAGGAUGGGGAGAUACCAAUUCCGUUUGAAUGCGCUCGCGGGAAAUCUACCAGGGGUGAAGAAGGCAAGCUGGUAGAGGGCGACGGGGUUCCGAUCCACCCAAACCUAUACAGCCCUUUCAGGACAUAUGUAUACUACGAAAUGGGUGUCUGUCAUUCAGGUGGCGUUGGUGAUAGACGACUGUGCAUACUUACAUGUAGAAAUACU